GAUAUAGUCAUCUGUUAUGGAUGCACUGAUGGAUCAAUUAAAUUGUUUAAUGUAAUUAAAAAUAUCUUUAUAGGAGAAUAUUAAGUAAAUUUUAUUUCUAUUUUAUAGUUAUUCAACUCAAAAGUUUAAGAAAUUAUAAUUGUUAAAUAGAUUAAGCAUUUUAUAUUAGUAGCUUUCGCUGAAAAUAUAAAAUAAAUAAAAGGCAUUCUAAUUUAAGAAAAUAAAAUAACUCCUAUAGAAAUGAUUGGUGAAUUACUUGAAUGCCCAGCUAAAAAUGGAAAAAAUGUUCUUUAAACAUUUUUCAAAAAUAGAAGUUCAUUUUAUUUAUUAAGUGACUCAUAGAAAG